CAUCCCCUUUUAGGGGACCGGAACCAAAGAGCGGAACCCGGACGUUUUCCAUGUCAACACUUACUGUUGUGUUCUGCUUUUCAAACCAGGAAGAUGGAGUUACUCUCGUACAAAUGCAUUGUUGAUUUGCUAGUUUGUUGGUUUUUCAUCGGUGUGAGCUGUAACUCGGUGGAAAAGAAGAUUUAUGUGCAUCUCAAUUACACUAUCCCAUGUGUGCGACUGCUCAAUGCAACACAUCAAAUAGGCUGCCAGUCGUCUUUGUCAGGUAAUGUGGGUGUUCUCCAUGUACUUGAGUCAGAGGAAAACCUGGACUGGGUCCUGCGCUCUGGUCCUAAUCCUCCUUAUCUGGUUAUCCUGGAGUCCCGGCUCUUUACCAGAUCCAUCAUGAUGAAGCUGAAGAACGGCCCCGGCAGGGUGGCUGGCGUUGCUGUUGUGGCGCCAAACACAAACCCGCCCGAGGCUUUCUCUCCACACACCACCUGUCCCAACGAGAACACAGGCGUGUAUUCAGAGAGCUACGAUCCAGCCUUGGCCCAUUGUAAUGCGACAGUGUGGAACCCUUUGGGAAAUGGACUGUCCUUUGAGGAGUUUGACUUCCCCAUCUUCUCUCUGAAAGACGACAAUGACACUCAGGUCAUACGACAGUGUUACUUAGACCACAACCGUGCCGUGAACGGCAGCAGCCCUCAGUACCCGCUGUGCGCCAUGCAGCUCUACUCCCACAUGUCAGCCGUCACGAACACAGCCACCUGCAUGAGGAGAAACGACAUCAACUUCAGCAUCACCCCGGAGUAUGUUUGUGACCCGCUGGGUGACCAAAAUGUCUGGGCCUCCACCAAACCUCUCAACAUAACAGACAAGGGCCACAAGCCGUUGGAGAGUGUGGUCAUAGCAGCAGCCAAGCUGGACAGCAAGUCUUUUUUCUUUGACAUUACUCCAGGGGCAGAGAGUGGAGUCUCUGGCUUUGUCACUCUGCUGGCGGCUGCUCACGCUCUGCGAAAUGCCCAGUUAGCCGAACUGAAACACAACAUCUUCUACACCUUCUUUCAAGGGGAAACCUUUGACUACAUUGGCAGCUCGAGGAUGGUGUACGAUAUGAAGAACAAUCAGUUUGUUGUGGACUUGGACAAUGUUCACUCAGUACUGGAGAUUGGACAGGUGGGACUCAGUUCGGACUCCAAGCUGUGGCUUCACUCUGAUCCUGUGUCUAGGAAGAACAGCAGUGUCAAUGAUGAGGUGACGAAUCUCAUUGGAAAGCUGCGUGUGGCUGCUACAAAUGCAAAUGUCUCAGUGGACGAACCAAAUUUCUCUCAGCCACUCCCGCCCUCAUCCUUCCAGCGUUUCCUGCGAGAUCGGCCAAUCCCUGGUGUUGUUAUUGAGGAUCACCAGUCUGCUUUCACUAAUAGGUUCUAUGGGAGUAUGUAUGAUAAUGCAGAAUACCUGAACAUAUCGUACCCUCCAAACAUGACACCAGAGGAGCAGCUUGACCACGUCACUGACACCGCUAAGGCUCUGACCAAGGUGGCCACGAUGGUGGCCCAGGCUCUGUACUUGCAUGCAGGAGGAGAAGAAGCCCAGAUGAAGAAUAUUAGCGCGGACUCUCAAAUAGUGACACGAAUGCUGUACGGUUUCCUUGUUCGGUCAAAUAACUCCUGGUUCCAGCAAAUAGUCACCUCUAACGUAGUUGGCCAACUGAAUAACAGGCCCGUAAACCUAUAUGUCAGCGUGAAUGCGCAAACCAACACAUUGACCCAUCUGGUGCAGUGCUUGCUGGCUAACCUGACUGGUAUCACUAUCAACACCACCCAGGAAAACUGCCAGAACCAGAGAGAGGAUGAGAAGGACACAAAGAACAAACAAAAUUACCAAUACAUGUGGGUUCAAGGUGCGGCUCCUCCCAACAGUACACAGAGGGAGGGUUACUGCGUACGCUCCACAGUACAAUUCUCCAAAGCAGAGUCUCCAGCUUUCCUGCUGGGCGAGUACACCUCCAAAAAUUAUUCAACAUGGACCGAGUCCAGGUGGAAGAUCAUCAAAGGACGCAUAUUCCUGGUGGCCAGUCAUGAACUGGAGAUGUUGACGCUGGGUGUGGGUGUCGGCGUGCUGAUAACAUCCCUGCUGCUAACCUACAUCAUCAGCUCAAAGGCCGACAUGCUGUUCAGCUCGGGGAGGGAGCCCACCAGCGCCACCUACUGAGCCUACGCGGCAGGCCGACGACCACCACUACUACUACUAUUACUACUUCAACUACUCUUCCCAACCAGACAUGGACCGGUUCUUUUCUUUAAAACACAACACGAGUAGGUACACAAGACAGGUUAGACACAGCAGCAGAGGGGGGAAAUUGUUUUUUGGGGUUUUUUUUAGACGAUGACUCCAUAUGUAUGGACUCACUCAGGCGAGGCGCGACAUGAGGACUGGACCGGACUGGAUUGGCCUAGAUGGAUCUGGACUCAUCAGGGUCAGACAACACUGGUCAGGCCCCUGCAGGCCCUGCCAGUGGAAAAGAUGUUUAUUUUAUUUUUUUGUUUGUUUAUUUUCAGGCUUUUGUUUUCCCUUUUUUUUAUUGUCAAAGAAUGUUUUGUUUACUGUGUCACGGGGUAGGCACUAAACAUUGAGCAUUAUUUUGAGUCUGUAUGAUUGUGAAUAUGUAAAUGUAACGUGGGUGUGUGAGCAGUGGACUGCGUGAUUCAGUGUGUACGAACACUUAGGAUUGUGUGUGUGUGUGUUUGAACUUUGUAUGAGGAUUGCAAUUGUAUGUGCAAUACCGUGGCUGUCUUCUCUGUCAAUGUACUUAACUUAUCGAUUAGUUGUAAUGAUAAGAAACCACUUUUUGAGUCAAUGAACAAGUAGUGAAAAUUAAAAUUUAAGGUUUUGCAAAAUUUGGAAAUGUGUGGUGAAGUAUUUUGAUAAGUUCUAGUUCCUGGGAAGUUGACAACAAUGCUAAGUAUUUAUAUUGUUCAGUCCCAGUACACAUAUAACUACAUGUGUUUUGUAGUUGUAGACCCACUGCAGUUUCACACAUUGUGAUAUUUGUAUGGAGAAGAAGAAUUUCCCAAGGAGUCUGGCGUGGCUGACAACACUUUACAUAUCGAUCAGCUGCCAAAAAUCAUCACAUCCAUUUAAAAAUAAUCUGGUGAUUUGACACUGAAAAUACGCUGUGCACUCUUUUUUUUUUCCUUUUUGGGGGGUUCGUACCUUUUUCACAAGGUUUCUUUUAAUGAUAACUUCAGAAAAUUGUGACAACAAGAAGGUUUUAAUUUUUUGUUGAUGGAUGUUCAUUUAAUAGCUGGAAUCAAUUACCAAUUGUGAUGCCUUGAUGAAAAAAUAAACAUUGCUUCUUUUCCAGUA